AUGGCUCGUCCCCGCUCGCGCUCUCGCGAAAGCCGCCGCCCCACCACCGUAGUCCACCAGCCUUCCCCGGCGGCUGCCGCUCCGGCGCCGCUGGCCACCCAAUCUGGCUCGCCUCGGCUUCCGCGCCUGGGCCUCGCCCCGCCCGCGCUGCUCUGGGGCUUCCCCUCCCCCCAGCCCGUUGGGCAACGGCCCUUCUCUGCGCUGGAUCUGGAUCGGGAGCUAGCCACCCCUCCUCCUCCGCCUCCUGGUCGACCGCCGCGCGACCCGCGGGGGGUGUCCGUGGUUUCAGAGACGCCUCCUGAGCUGCAAGGCGGGGAGGCCAGGCAUGCUGCCCCCCUCUUCAAUGCUGCCGCGGUGCCCGCUGGCCCGAGGGCGCGCAUUAACUCAGGUAGCUGGGCCGAUGUCGUCCAAGGCGAGAGCGGCUGUGCUCUGGAGGCGCAUUCAACGCGCGCGGCGCCCGCGGGGCUCGAGGCUGCAGACGCGGGGGGGUGGGUCACCGUCGCGUCCCGUCGGCCGCGCCGGGCGGCUUUGCCAGACGCACCAUUGAAGCCCCGCCAUUGA